ACGAACGAAGUACACACUAAGCGAAGAAGAUAUGUGAUUACGUCACCGUUGACCAGGAAGUUCUGUGGAGUUGUCCGUCAAGCGAAACAACUAAAGACUGGUAUUGUUCUUCGCCAAGAAACCAAAUAGGCCUGCGUUUUGAAAUGGACGACACGCUUUUCCAAUUAAAGUUCACCUCCAAACAACUGGAGAGACUAGCCAAAAAGGCAGAGAAGGAGUCUGAUAAGGAGAAAGCCAAGGUCAAAAAGGCCCUGCAACAGAAAAAUGUGGAAUGUGCUAAAGUUUAUGCUGAGAAUGCCAUCCGGAAAAAAAAUGAAGGUCUGAACUGGUUGCGCAUGGCAUCUCGAGUCGACGCUGUGGCCUCCAAAGUCCAGACCGCUGUCACAAUGAAAUCAGUGACGAAAAACAUGAGCCAGGUGACCAAGGCCCUUGACAAAGCGCUGAAUUCUAUGGAUCUUCAAAAGGUUUCUGCUGUCAUGGAUAAAUUUGAAAGCCAAGUCCAGAACCUUGAUGUCCACACCUCAGUAAUGGAGGACUCCAUGAGCUCUGCAAUGACACUGACAACACCACAAGAACAGGUGGAUGACUUGAUCCACCAAAUAGCGGAGGAAAGUGGCCUGGAGGUGAUGGACCAACUCAGCAAAUUGCCUGCAGGAGCCACCUCAGUGGGUGCAGAAAGUUCACGCAGCCAAGAGAAGGAAGACCAGCUUUCCAGACGGCUGGCUGCUCUGCGGAACUGAAAAGUCCCUUACCUCAGCUGCACAGGAAAAAAGACACACUUGAUGCUGGCAGUGGUGGUAUUUGUGUAUUUGUCCUGAGGUCUUUCUACAAGGAAGGAGUAUCAACCUUCACAUUUCCUUGUUUUGACCUAACGGUUGUGUGCCCCCACCCUUGUAUGCCAUUUCCAAAUUGAUUCUGGGUGUACUUAACUGUAUAAUGACAACAAUAAAGAUGAAAACUUUUAAUUCACAAAAGCAACUUAAGUGAUUAUACGGAAGUGGGAUGUAUUUUACUAUUGUGUACCUGGCUUUGUAUCUGUUUGGAAAACAGUUUGGUGUCUCCUCAUCACAUUCAUCCUCACGUUCCAAAUAUUACACUUCAGUGAGACAUGUUGAUUUUAUUUGUUGUUAAUUAACACACAUGCCACGAUCUCCAUCUUCUGCGUUAACUUGCUUUAAAGUGCCUGAAGGACUGUUGAAAGAGAGAGGUGCGAGCUGAGCACUGUACACUUUUUGUCCAAGUCAGCAAGAGAUGUUUUGCCAACAGCACCUUCGCACGAGAACUGACCACAGCUUGCUCUGGGUGUCAGAUGAACACACAAUCAUGUUUUUAGUUUAGGUUUUUUUCCCCCUGUGAAUAUCCCCAUUUAAUCAGUUGUAUUUUGUGGGGAGUUUAACAAGGAAUUCAAACAAAUCAUAUAGAAGCUGUAACCUUGAGUGAAAUUUUAGGUGAGCAGAUUGUUUUUAAAGACAUCUGAAUGUUUUGUUUUAAACAGAAGUUUGGUUUUGUUGUUGUUUUGUUAAUCAUGGAUGUUUAUCUUUGAGUAUUCUUUCUUUGAAACUCACAAGAGCAGACACCAGGAAAGAAGUUGUCUUGACCUGUGACUUGGCAGCUUUACCAUCAGCCUCUGUUUCCUGUCUUUCAAUAGUGCAUUUUUAUAAGGGGGGUGUUAUUUAUACUGAGGAACUUCGUCCUUGCAGCACUUUUAUUUAUCUGGCAAAAAUAAAAUAUUAACCUCCUGUA